UAAACCUCUAAUUGUAAAAUAGAGUUCACGAAAUCGUGAUUUACCCAAACCCUUUUUCUUUCUCUUCUUUCUUGUUUUACGAAAUCGUAAAAAAAAAAACAAAACUUCGGUGAUAUCGACAGCGGCGGUGACUGGGUUCCUCUUGUGGUCGCGAUUCAUCGACGGAGGUGUGUUUUUAUCCUUGUUUUUACUCAUCUGGGCAAAGCUUCGGGGAUAUUGAUAUCUGGGCAAAGCUUCGGUGAAAUCGCAAAAAAAAAAACAAAUUUCGGUGAUAUCGACAGCGGCGGUGACUGGGUUCUCUUGUGGUCGCGAUUCAUCGACGGAGGUGCACUUCGAUUUAGUUAGCUUCUACAUGGAUGAAAAAUCAGGAUCAAUCGGAAUGAUAAACGGAGGCGUUGAAAAGGAGUAUCCUAAACGCAUUUUCAAAUACGGUGAUGAACCACAAGUGAAGCAGAUAAAUAAUAGCUGCAGAAUGUCUAUCUUGACAAGAAUCAAGGAUGCUUUGCCAACAGAGUAUGAGAAAGUGAAGAGUGAUCCAGUGUUUGCAAAUUUGUUUGCCAUCUACGAGAAUGGGUUAGGGUACUCUGCGCGUUUGAUACACAGCAUUAUGUCUCGGCAGUUGAUCACAGAUAAGAAACAUGAGCUUUGGUUUGUGUUUAGAAGGAAGCCGCUGAGAUUUUCGCUGCAAGAAUAUUAUGCAGUCACUGGACUCAAAUGCAAGGAUGAUUUCAAGUUAGAUUUGAAAUCUUGGAAUGAAGACAGUUGGAAGAAGGACAAAGGUUUUUGGGCUAGAUUAUUGAAGAGAGAUGGGGAGAUUACCAUUAAGAGGCUGAUGGAUGUGCACCUACUAGAAGUUCACAAGUGGAACCUGAAGACAAGCUAAGAUUUGUAUAUGUGUGCGUCAUAGCUGGUUUGGUAAUGGCUAAGGACGAGAAGAAAAAGAUCCCUCUCUCAUACAUCAAGUUGGUGAUGGAUCUUGAUAAGUUGAGAGCUUAUCCUUGGGGUUUACAUUCUUUUGACUACCUUGUGACCUCGAUCAUGGACACAAGAAAGGAGCUGAAGAAGACCAACAGUUAUAUUCUUAAUGGCUUCUCCUUUGCACUUCAAGUAUGGGUUAUGGAAGCAAUUUCAGUGAUUGGAGAAUUGUUGGGAGAAAAGAUCAACAAGGAAUUCACAAACGGUGCUAGAUGUUCUAACUGGAAGGGAGCUGCAAAAGUGUCUUAUCAAGACAUUAUUGGACCAAAGGAUAUCGUCUAUCCAUACAUCUCGAGGUCAGGAAAUUUUGACAUCAUCGAUGAUAUAGAGUUUUUUAGGCGUGAUGAGAUUGAUGAUGUGGGAGUCAAAAACGUAAACCAUUUGGUGCAAUCUGGUUACGAUUUUAGAGACCAUGAGUGGGGUCAUGUUGAAAGUAAUGAUGUUGAAGAAGAGAAGAUAGAGGAGGUUGUAAACGAAGAUGAUCAUGUUGAAAAGGAAAGUGAUGGAGACAAUCAAUUGUCUGGGUUGGAGAGUAGCGAGAAGAAGCCAGAUGUAGAUGUGGGAGCAUCAAGCACGAAGAAGAGAAAGACAAAGCAGAUUGAUCAUGGUGCAGAGAGUCGAAAAAUGCAAUUCCUAUGUCAGCGAGCCGCAACGUCAUUCACUCAUGGUUUUGAUGAAGAAAUGAAAUCAUUCAUUAAAGGUAUGUUUGAAGCUUCUUUCAAGCCUUUUAAGGAAGAAAUAGGCCAGCGAUUGAAGAAGAUGGAGGAGGAUGUAUCAGAAGUGAAGGAGAUACUAUCGACUAUAGCAUCAACUUCGACACAAGCCACACCACCAUCCUUUAAACCAAAAGAUGUGGGGAAAUCACCAUCCGUUCAACCAAAGAGUUUGGAAGAUAACUUUCUUUUUGAUGAUUUGUUCACCAAAUCGGGUGCCAUAGACCUUAAUAUUGACAGUCAAGAUUUAUUGGGCACUCAAGAUUUCUUAGCGAAAACAGUAGGACAUCUUUCGCAAAAACCAUGUGUACCUGGAGUUGAUCCUCCAAUAGAUGCGGGAAAGUAUGACGAGGAUGCUGAUUUGGUUUUUGUCUCCGAAGUUAGAUGGAAUGCUUUGGAAGCAUGGCAAAGGAAUCAUAGUUACGAGCAACUUAAGUUUGGUCCAUCGGUAAUUAAUCAUGAAUUGCUUAACCGUGUCAUUACUCACUGCAAGUGGCUGCACAAUCCAGAAAUGGAUGCAAUGAUGUAUUUAUUCCGGGAGAAAACAUCUUUAGGUGAAAUGAAGGCAGACCGUGUUGGUUUCAUGAAUUGCAUUUUCAGUGAGAGAAUUAAAGUGGAAUACACCAAGUACUUGAAGACAAAGCGGCAGCACAAAUGGGAUAGUAGACUUCUCGAGUAUGCUAAUGGUGAGUUUCCUUCUCACGGAAAGACAGGAAAACAAUGGGGUACAGAUGUUGACAGGAUAUACGCUCCGAUUUGCGUCAACGGCAACCACUGGAUUUCUGUGUGCGUUAACUUCGUCUUAAGAACUGUUGAAGUCUUCGACUGUGCUGGAUACAAGAAUAGAAGGUAUGUCGAGUGUUUCGCAACGUGCAUCCCAAGGAUUUUGAAAGAAAUUAAUGCAAAGGUGAAUGGAAAAGCAUCUCUUUUGACACCAUAUGAAAUCAUAGACAUGAAGGUGCUCUCCGAUUUGAAUAAGUCGCAUAGCGAUUGCGGGGUCUAUGCAUUGAAAUACAUCGAGUGUCAUAUGAAAUCUCUAAGUUUGGAUUUGAUGAGCGAUGAGAACAUCAAAUAUGCGCGCUUGAAGAUUGCUGUCGAUCUGUGGGAAGCUGCAAAGGAUCCAAUAUUACUUGAGCGUAUGAAGAACUAUGUCCCUCCAAAGUCUGAGUCUCACCAUAUCGAAAUUGACUGAUUUGUUUCAUCUCUUUAGUAUGUCUUUAGUUUGACACAUUGUAUGACUUUCGUUUCU